GUCGAAGGCGGGAUGUUUAGUUUUAUGACCACUCACAUUUUGUUACCUAAAUUACUGAGAUACGAAUAUUAUAAACAGAUUGAUGCUACUUUGAAAAAUUGUCAAUAAUAACACAAAGCAACCACACAGUAUUUACGAUUUCGUUGUAAUUUGAAGACAUUCAAUUUUUUGGCUUAUUUAGUCUCAGCUGGAUUACAUUCUUGUCUUUUGUCAUAUAUAAAUGCAGAGUUAUGGAAUUUCCACUCCUCUGGAAACACCUUGCUUAAUGCAUUUAUUAUAAAUGCUAUAAUGGACGACAUGAGUAAACAAUCUGAUUUCAAGCUAUCGGUUCAGGGGAGUAGUAUCAGGAAUUAUGGCUCUCAGCCCAGGUAUAUGUUGUCCGUUAAUCGCCUCCCCAAACAUACUGAUUCUCCUCCUCCUUACUAUAGAUCAGCCAUUAGCUUGGGACCUAAAUCAGGUUCCACAUUAUGGAAUAGCACCACAUCAAGUCUCGGUGGCAAUGUAAAUGACAGAUCAAGUGACUUGAAUGGUCGCUUUUCAAAACUUGAUCUAAAUGAAAGCACUAAUUCAAGUAAAAAGUUGUGCAACGGUUAUCACACUGAUUAUUGCUCGACCAAAAAUCUCCAGUCUAUAGAUCGACGGGAAUUUUCGGAAAUCAAUAACACUUAUAGCAGCAGGAAUUCUGUACGUCGUUUGGACUCUCCAGUAGCUAAUCCUCCUCGUGCACCAAUCAGUCUUCCAGUAAACUCUCAUCACUCAUAUCACAGAGGUGGACUUGUGGGCCUUAACAAUCUUGGAAACACUUGUUUUAUGAAUUCGAUUCUUCAAUGUUUAAGUAAUACAGCUCCGCUUACCGAGUAUUGCUUGGAAGAUCGAUUUCUCAAAGACAUCAAUAAAUCAAGUUCCAUGAAUGGGAUGUUAUUUCAUUCAUAUGCUGAUUUAAUGAAAGAAAUUUGGGAUCCUGAUUUGGCUAAUUCUUCCACCAGUCCAAGUCGAUUUAAAAGUCAAAUUCAACGAUUCGCUCCUCGCUUUAUGGGAUAUUCUCAACAGGAUUCACAAGAAUUCUUACGAUAUGUAUUGGAAGGUCUUCAUAUGGAAGUUAAUCGUGUUCAAAAGCGUCCAAAUCCUAUUAAGCCAAAUUAUGAAGCGGAAGAUUGCCUCCCAGACAAUGAAAAGGCUAAUUUAUAUUGGAAACGAUAUUUAUCUAUGGACAAUAGCGAAAUCGUAGAUCUAUUUGUUGGACAAUUAAUGAGUACGCUUGAAUGUGGUGAAUGUUCAUUCAAAUCAACUACAUUUGAUCCAUUUUGGGAUUUAAGUUUACCAAUACCGAAAAAAUCAAACGUCAGCAUAUUGGAUUGUUUAAAUUUAUUCACAUCUAAAGAAGAACUAGAUGGUAAUGAAAGACCCAUUUGUAGUCGAUGUAAAACUCGAAGAAGAUGUACCAAAAGUUUUUCCAUUCAGAAAUUCCCACAAAUUCUUGUACUUCAUUUGAAACGUUUCUCUGGUGAACGUUUUCGUUCGAAAAUGUCGGUUAUGGUUGAUUAUCCUUUAAGAAAUUUAGAUCUCAUCGGAUUUGCUACUUCAAGUUGCACUCAGAAAUCAGCCCAAUAUAAAUUAUACGCAGUUUCAAAUCACAGUGGAAGUGUUUAUACCGGACACUACACUGCAUCUUGUUUAAAUCCUUAUACAGGUGAUUGGCACUCAUUUAAUGACAGUCAGUAAGUUUCGUUUAAUGAAUGAUAAUUAUAAUUUACAAAUUUAACUCAGCAACUGACUGAUGCAACAUUUGAGGUUUGUUCUUCUCAACACUGGAUCGAAUUAAGGACCAUCACUUCUUGUAACUGGCAAAUGCUUUCUGAGUAUUGAGUAAUGAUUCAAUAGUUCACAAAAUAAAGCGAUAAUAAUUAGAUGUUGUUGUUACGUGUAACUGUAUUACUCUUGAUAUGCUUCAUUAAACAUGUUACGGCUUUUCAAUAGAGCUACAAAAAAAUCAAUCUCAAAACAUUUACAGAAUUUGUUCACAAUACAAUAGCUUGAUGGUCUAAUGAUUACUGUGAGAUCAUAUGGUAUUUUGUUUUGGUUAAAAGUGUGCUUCACUUUGUGAUCUCAAUAAGAAUGAAAUUGCUAUACCAUUACACCAGGGCUUUCAGUCAUCCUUAAACUGUCUAUAGCGAAAACUGAACUUACUUUUUGUCAAUUUAAGCAACAAUAACAGUAAGAAAAAAGAAUAAACCUAACUACAAUCUAAGCAUUUUAUUACAUUCAGUGAUUGAACUUAAUUGACAGGAUAUCCUGAACAUAGAUUUCAUGCUAACUAACACUUGUCAACUAAGUGUACUGAUAAACUUUAGAAUACUAGUUGAUUCAAACUCUCACUACUGAAUUUCAAUUUUGAGAGAUAUUACAACUGAACUUUUAGAGACUUGAAUAACCUUCUGAUUACCCUUCAUGAAGAUCAAUUACAAAUAAAAAUAAUUCUAUGAAAUCUAUUAAUACCGUCUAAAUUACUAAGACUAGUCACAACUAAUUAUAUAAAAGAAUGGAUAUGCACUGAUGAGGAGUCUCACAAUAGGACGAAACAACCAUCCAGUGCUUUCGGUCAUUUUCAAUGAAAAAGGCAUAAUAGUUAUUAUUCUCAUAUUGAAUUAUUUGAUUAGAUGAAUUAAUUAAAUAUUUAAGCAUCGUUUUUUUCUUCUCUUUUCAUAUUUCUUAAUUUUGUAAUAGUGUACAUGCAAUCUCAGAGAACUCAGUUGUUUCUGCUGAAGGUUAUGUACUUUUCUAUACACUUAUUCAAUGAAUUAUUUAUUCGCUAAAUUGGUUUUCUUUUUUCUCUUUUUUCUCUUUUUGUUUGUUCUUCUUUAUUUUUUAUUCAUUUUUGAUUUGUGUAUGAUGAAGUUUUGAAAUUGAAGAAUUUUUAUUUCAACUAAUAGUAAUAAAACUUAUUUCAUAUAUAGAGAUAUACACUUGAAUGUAGAUUGUAUUAUAGUGCCUAAUGUAAUUGUUUUCAAGUUUUCAAUUGAUCUCUUAUUACAUAUAGCCAUUUAGUGAUUAGUAUUAUUAUCUUAAUGUGGUUAUUUUCUGAUUGUUAUUGUGCAUAAUAAUAAGACUCAAUUUAAUAUGAAUAUUUGAGUUCACUAUUGUUUGGGCUUUCAUGAAUGGAAAACAGCUAUACAUAUAUAUUUAUGUAUAAAGAGAGAAUGAAUCAAAUGAAGUAAUGAUUAAUGAUAUGUAAUUGUAAACUAAUUAAAUUAAUUGGGACCUUAGUGGUAUAUAUACAUAUAUAUAUAUAUAACUUCCUCUUUCUAAGUGAUUAAUAUACCAGUAUAUUGUAAAUUGUUGUGUAUUAUUGUUCCUAUUUAAGCAUCCAUGGACCAUGUACAAUACUGAUAUAUGUAUAUAUAUAUCAUUGUACUAUCUUUUUAAUAUAAUGUGAUUCACUACUACUCUAUUGCUACUCUACACUUACUAACACUAAUACAACUGCUUAAUUUUUCGAAUUAAGGCUGUGAUGUUUAUUAUAUUUUCAUUGUAAAAAAAGAAAAGAAAAGAAAAGAACAAUCUAUACCACCUUUUUAUUACUAAAUAGAUUAGAUUACAACUAAUAAUUGUAUUCUAUAUGAAUACUAUAUAUGACAAACAAACAGAUAAAGAUCAUAUUAACCUUUACCUUUAAACAAGAGAGAUAUUCAUAUUUCUUUUUAAGGAUUCGCGUAAAAACUGCUUCUGUAUUAU